CCCCGGGCAAUAGGGGAUCAUGGGGCCCUUAUGUCCUUGCCCAAACUCAAAAAAGCCUAUGAAAAAGGUACCAGGGGCAUCUCAUGGGGCCCCCUACUGACCCCGGGCCCUCGGGCAGUGCCCAAGUUUCCAAAUGGUCAGUCCGCCCCUGGUACAAUCGUAUGUAGGAGGAUUUGUUUCCUCUCUGUGUAUCACCUGAGGCCAGUCACUUCACAGGGUAUAUGGAAGGGUUUACAAGCAGUUUAAAUAUAGUUAUCUACAGAAAGCUGAUCUCUUUUACAUGUUUAUCUAAAUAAUAUUUAAAAAACUAAAUGCUCUCUCAACUAUUCUAUUCUUCAUACUCCUAGCCUUAGUAAA